CUCGGAGGGCCGGGUGGCGGGCCUAGGAAAGAGCGAACAAGGCAGGGAGCAGCACGGGGCUGGGGCGGGCAGCGCGCGGCAGGCGGCGGGUGGGAGGAAGACCAGAGACGCAGGGCUAGUGAGUGGAGCGGUGCGGUGCGCGGCGGCUGCCGGACCCGCACGGCGGCGCUGAGGGGCGCAGAGCUGCGCUGAACCGAGACAGCGAGAGCAGAGUAGGAGCCGGCGGCCGCCGGCUCUGAGUGAAGUGGCGCGGAGCAAAGGGCAGCCGAGGGGCCCGACAAUAUGAGGAGUGCGGCUCCACCACCGCAGCCGCCACAGCCCCAGUGCCCCGCACCACCUCCCUCCCGGACGCCAGACAGCGCCUAGCGGGCCAGCGGCCGCGCACCGGACGGCGAGUUAACAGGGAGCGGGGACAGCAGGAGAGCGCCCCGCUACUCCGACCUAAGUGGGGCCCCAUGUCGGCUGGCCUCAACAUGCAGCCCCCGAGGUAGAGCCUGGACGGCACCGAGGAGCGCAGAGCGGCGUGCGAGCCCGCCCGCCCAAGACCGCCGCCUGGCCUUCGCGCCUGCCUGCACCCUCAAGCCUGGACCCUCAUGAAAUAUGUUCAGGGGCGCUUGGAUGUGGCCUGGGAAAGACGCCGCGCUGACUAUCUGCUGCUCCUGCUGGGCUCCCAGGCCAACCGACAAACCUUUUGCCGACUCUGAGCGGGCGCAGCGAUGGCGACUAUCCCUGGCGUCCCUGCUCUUCUUCACCGUGCUGCUCUCUGACCAUCUGUGGCUGUGCGCUGGGGCCCGGCCCCGGGCCAGGGAGGUGAGCAACGCUAUGAGGCCACCUUGGGGGGCUGGCCGGGAGCGGCAGCGGCUGCCUCCCCGCGCGGUUUCGCCCCUGUCGUCGCCUCCUCUGCCUGGCGCUCUCCCUGGCACUUGCGACCCCAGAUACAGCAACCUGACCAAAGCCGCCCCCGCCGCCGGUCCCGGGUCGGAUUGCGGCUUCCCAGAGCCCAAGGGGCUGGAAACAGCUUGCACCAAAUUCCGAUCUUUGCAGAGACUUUUCGAACCUGCUACCCCAGGCCCACCCCUGCGGCCCCCUGAUUCCCCUUCCCGUGCCCCAGUCCAGUUCCCUACUGCCCAGAAAAACUUGCUCAAAGGCCACUUUCGGAACUUCACUCUCUCCUUUUGUGACACCUACACGCUUUGGGACUUGCUGCUGGGUAUGGACCGCCCCGACAGCCUGGACUGCAGCCUGGAUUCCCUGCUGGGAGACCUACUGGCCCUCAUGGCUAGCCCGGGAUCCGGGGCCUGGGAGGUGUGUAGCAACUGUAUCGAGGCAUACCAGCGGCUCGACCGACAUGCUCAGGAAAAAUAUGACGAAUUCGACCUCGUGCUGCAUAAGUACUUACAGGCAAAAGAAUACUCAAUUCGGUCCUGCAGGAAAGGCUGUAAGGCUGUCUACAAGGCUUGGCUGUGUUCAGAAUACUUUAGCGUGACCCAGCAGGAUUGCCAGCACUGGGUGCCCUGCAAACAGUACUGCCUGGAAGUACAGACCCGAUGUCCCUUUAUACUUCCUGACAAUGAAGAAAUGGUGUAUGGAGGGCUCCCUGGCUUUAUCUGCACAGGAUUGCUGGAUACUUCACCAAAGCAGUUGGAAACCAAGUGCUGUGACGUGCAGUGGGUCUCCUGUGAAUCAGAGAAGAAGAAGUUCAAGGAGUCUGAGGCCCCUAAAACCCACCACCAGCAAUUCCAUCACUCAUAUUUCCACCACUAUCAACAACAGUACCACCACUACCAUCCCCGCCAUGACCCCCCAACCCACAUUAACCACAAGCCUUCCCUGCUGCCAGUCUCUGGGGGCUCCCGCCUCAACCCCAGCAGGAUCCGGCUCUAUGUCCUUGUUCUCAUGCUCCUCCAUACCAUGGUGUCCUUCUCUAGCAACCAGGGUGGUGGGGGACUGGAGCUGGAGGCACUGCCUGCCCUAGAUGAGGGCCUGACUUGGGAAGAAUGAUAGCAGGAAAGGAGGACAAACCUCUGCCACACACUGACCUUAGCCCCAGCGCCCCCAGGUGGAAUGGGAGGAGGCUCCUCUCAUGAAAUAUAUAGGACCAGGUGGGGGCAGGGGGGGUGGGGGAAUACACAUCACCCCCAAAUUACCUCCACCCAUAAUUGAAUGGCCAGAAUGCCUCGAGGAGCUGCCAAACUAUUUUGGAAGAAAAAGGCAGGAGUAGCAGGUGCUCCCUCCCAGGUCCCUAACAAUGGGACUUAACAACAACAACAACAAAAGGGGGGAGACUAGAAAUAUCUAUUCCUGCUGAAAGCCCUGACCACAGGGAAAGAGGCUGUUCACCCAGCCUUUUCCCUACAGGGAAAAGAGGGGAGAAGGUCUUUCCCCCUCUAUAUUCCUUUUGUUGCCACGAUCCUUAAUUCCCUCCUGCCCAUACCCCUACAGACAACAGCAGAUGGUGCAGUAGCCCUCCCCCCACUCCAGAGCACCUUGCCCAUGUGGAGCCACCACAGUGAAGUGUCAGGCGGGAAGAGGAGGUGCACACAGUUAGAACUAGGUUGGGGCCCCAGCUAAGCUAUGCCCCAUCACACUAAAAAGGAUAAAAAUGAAAUAAAAGGAUAAAAAUGAAGUGCAAAGUGAGUAUAUAGACAUAGACGGUAGAGGAGAAGAGAGAGGGGGUGUGUAGAGUGCUUAUAGAGACAGCCAAAUGAGCUGCUGACAUCUGGCUUUCAGGAGGUGGAUGAUCUAUGUUGAGGCAUUCUCAAGGAUGCCUCCUUGAGUCAGAAAGGGUUGCACAAGAAGCCCUUUGGGGAAAUAGUACCAGAACUAGGUUGUUGAUCAUUUAAAGGAAGAGUUGAGGGCACAUGGUCCGACUGCUGCUGUCUGAAGGGCCAUAACUUACAGAAGGUGCACAUAACUCCCAAGGGCCAUUCUUGCCCUGGAGAUCUUGGCUUUGCGGCCAAAGACAUUUCCAUUUCUGAUCUCCAUGGGGAGGAGGGACUUAAGCCCUAGUGGGUCAGGCCUGGCCUGGGUCCCUAUACUCCCCCAUCUUGUCCUAGCCCAGGCCUUCAUGAAGGAGAACCUGGUAUCAUGACCCCAGGGCUCUCCAGAAGUGAGCCUCCCCCAUUCCCACCCUGUCCUUAUCCCCAGCCUACCAAAGAGUAUCCAUCCCUCCCAAUUCCUGAUCCUUGGGAUUACUAUCCCAAUUGUGAGCAACCAGAUUCCUCUUCACCUUAUAGCAGGUCCCCUGAUUCACCACCCCUGCUCCUUGCUGGAGAAAUUCCAAAGACAAAUGGACAGUAGGACCCACUGAAUGACAAUAUUAUGCCGUUGUCCUUUGGUUGAGAGUCUUUAACCACUUAGUAAAGCUAGGGGCAUAGAGGAGGACAGAGGUACUGUGGACUUCUUAGGCCAUUAGCCUCAUGCUAAACUCUGGGGAGAGAGGACCACAUCACAAGAGACAGAAGAGUCAGUAGAGUCAGACCAAGAAUGAGAGCGAGAACUCUGUUCCUGGGACAGGCCUGAGAGACUUUUAAUGUCAAAAGGGCUUGUGUCUUAGGAUGUGAUAUCAUAAAAGUAAGGAGAGUGGAUCUUGAACUACACUAGAAAAAACAUUAAGUGGAUGGGGAGAGGACAACUGUAAUUGUUUGGCUUGAGGAUAAAUGGGAAUAUCUCCCUAGUAAAAGAAAAGGACUCCUUCGAAGGCUUCAGCUGGGUCUCCACUAGGCUUCAUGAGAAUAGAGCUUAUUUUCUCAUUUCUCACAGCACAUUCCCUUACCCCUCCCCUUGUGCCCUGCCCACACACUUUCCUGUUUGGCCCUCAGCACUUUGGGCCUAGCCACAUACCCCACCCCUAGAGUGCUCUUUUCAGCUGGGGAGGGGAAGAGGUGCUGGCUUCUUUCCAGAGAUGCUUGUUUAGGUGUCAGAUCCUAGGUACUGCCUUCAAAUUCCUGCAUCCUCAAGAGGGAAAAAGGGACUGACAAGAAGAGGGGGGACCUUAGCAUCCCAGAAAAUGGAUCCUUAGAGACUCCCAUCCUCUCUUUCCCCUCACUAAGUGCUCAGGAGACCCCUGGCUCAGACCAACCCAGUGGCAGGGGAAGGGGGCACCUCACUCCACCUCAAAGUCAUUUGACUAUCCUUGUCCAGCCCCACACCAACCCUUUGGCUGCCUCUGUCCUGUCAUAGGCAGCAGAGCUCGGCAGCUUUCUUAUGCCAUUUUCUACACUGUGCUUCAUGAGUAGGACCUUCUUGCACUAGUUCCUAUAACAGAGUCUCCAAGCUGGAUUCCUAGUAGUCCCCUGUCCCUUCUUCCCUCACUGGGCUACUAUUCAGUUGUCUCUGUCCCCGCCCCUUCCCAUGGCUUUGUGUUUUGGUGAGAGUUUCUGUAUGUGUACUGCUUUAUGUUUUGUCCCAUUGUGGGGCAGAGGUUUCUCUGCUCUUGUUUAACCCCAUAAAGAAAUAAAUGGUAAGACUUGAUAACC